AUGCUAUCUACCACCACGCGUACGAGAGCACCACCCGCCUCAAGGCAGGCCGCCCAGCUCGCCAUAGCGGCCAUCCUGUCCGCCAAGGCCGGCCCGAGCCCGCAGCAGGCUGGUCUACGCCUGCGCCUUGCCGCGGCGACGACGACGACGCCCUACUACUGCUGCCAUGGCUGCCGCGCCUUCUCGACGACGCCUGCGGCGCAGCUCAGGGACUUCUUCCCCGCCAAGGACACGCACCUGAUCCAGACGACGCCGGCCGCGUGGCCGCAUCCCGGCUACACCCUGGAGGAGAUGAAGGCCGUCGUGCCCGCGCACCGCAAGCCGCGCACCUUCGGCGAUUGGCUGGCCUGGAAGACGGUCCGCUUCGCGCGCUACUGGAUGGACAAGGCCACGGGCAUGGACAGCGAGCAGCAGGUCGACAAGGCCCAUCCCACAACCGCCGUCGAGGCGCAGAAGCCCUUGACCGAAGCCCAAUGGCUCAUUCGGUUCGUCUUUCUUGAGAGUAUUGCUGGCGUGCCCGGCAUGGUCGGCGGUAUGCUUCGACAUCUGGGAAGCUUGCGCCGUAUGAAGCGCGAUAACGGCUGGAUCGAAACUCUUCUGGAAGAAAGCUACAACGAGAGGAUGCAUCUCCUGACAUUUAUGAAGAUGUGCGAGCCGGGCUGGUUCAUGAAGCUCAUGAUUAUCGGUGCCCAAGGCGUCUUCUUCAACGGCAUGUUCAUCAUGUAUCUGCUGAACCCCAAAAUUGUGCACCGCUUCGUUGGAUAUCUCGAGGAGGAGGCCGUGCAUACCUACACGAGGUCGAUCAAAGAAAUAGAGGACGGCCAAUUGCCUCGAUGGGCGGAUCCCAAGUUCCACAUUCCUGAUAUCGCCGUUCAGUACUGGAGAAUGCCUGAAGGGCAUCAGACCAUGAAGGAUCUUUUGCUAUACAUUCGCGCCGACGAGGCCGGCCACAGAGGCGUCAACCACACAUUUGGAAACCUGAACCAAAAGGAAGACCCCAAUCCCUUCGUUAGCAAGUUCAAGAAUCACAAGGAGACACCAAAUCCGAGCCUGAAGCCGGCUGGUUUCGAGCGUGACGAGGUUGUUUGA